AUGGCUAAUACCUCAAAUUCAACUUCUGUUAUUACAAUUCCCACCGCCGAAUCCCUUCCGUUACCUAUGCCGUCGUUAGCUCAGGCCCUAGCUGCUUCUAUAUCUCAGAACAGACUACCGGUUGACAAUUUCUGUUCGCAUCCGACGAUCUUGAAGCGAACGUGCACUGUUUGCGGCCAAGAAUUGCCCGAAGGUCAUGGCCUUUUCUUCGGAUACAUAAUGAACGAUCUCAGACUGAAUACAACAGAAGCCGACCGAUGGCGUCAAAUCGAAACCGACAAUAUUUUGAGCAAGAAGAAGCUACUCCUAGUUCUUGAUUUGGAUGAGACAUUGCUUCACAGUAAGUUUUAUUCCAAGGCUUCAUUACCCCAAGAUGAUGAACUGAAGUGUUUGGAGAAUGAAAAAAAUGUUUUUAUAGUGCAACUUGAAAGUUAUUUAGUGGUCACCAAGUUAAGAUCCUAUGCUCGCGAGUUUCUCAUUGAUGCUAAUACCAUGUUCGAGAUUUAUGUGUAUACGAAUGCUUCUCGAGAUUAUGCCCGAAAGAUGAUGGAACUGCUUGAUCCCGAAAAUCGAUUUUUUCAUUCAAGAUUAAUAGCCAAACAUGAUGGUACUGUAAUUGGACAAAAGAAUCUUGAUGUGGUGUUAGGGGAAGAAAGGGCAAUUGUGAUUCUUGACAACGGGGAAAGUGAUUGGUCGAAGCAUAAUGCCAACCUAAUUAAGGUCUCAAACUACAAGUACUUCGAUCAAAACCUGGUUAACAGAUGGAUCAGUGAAUACACAGGUUGGGGGAUAAAAUACUUGAAAAUUCUCAAGAAAAUUCAUAGUAAAUUUUUUGAUUCCGCCACUGUUCGUAGUAGUAGUAGUAGUAGUAGAGAUGUUAGAAAAGUGAUAAGAAGAAUAACGAGGAAGCAAAAUUUAUCAAAUAAGACUUCUUCUGGAGAAAAUACAUGUUCACAUCCAGCAGUUUUGAAAUCAAUCUGCAUUAACUGUCGUCGGGAAGUUGCCGAUAUGCACGGCCUGCGAUUUGAUUACAUAAAGCAUGGUUUAAGGUUAACCGAAACUGAAGCUGAUCGGAUGCGUUCUAUCGAGACGAAAAUUCUUCUGAGCAAAAGAAAGUUAAUCUUGGUUCUUGAUUUAGAUAAUACAUUGCUUCAUACCACUCCAGUAUUUCAAGAAGAAGAAUAUUUAGACAAUCAAUUAGAAUCACCACACGAUGUUUUUAAGGUAAAAUUGACAAAUUCAAGUUCUUACUAUGUCAAAUUAAGGCCGUUUGUUCGUGAUUUCCUGAAACAAGCUAGUACCAUAUUCGAGUUGUACGUCUACACUAACUCUUGUCAAGAUUACGCGACGAAAAUGGUGAAGUUGCUUGAUCCUGAUGAUAAAUACUUCGAUUCAAGAAUAAUUUCGCGAGAAGACAGUACCAAAUCGGGUCAAAAAAAUCUCGACGUAGUGAUGGGGAAAGAAAGGGUGGUUGUUAUCCUCGACAACAAAAUCGACGUGUGGCCAAAUCACAAUGGUAAUGUGGUUCAAGUUCAGGAAUACAAGUACUUCGCUUCGAGAAACAGGGCAUUGAAGGGUAAAUCUUUUGCAGAGAGGAACACAGAUGAAGAUAUAAAAAUAAUGAAAACAUAUUUGGAAAUUUUGGAAAGGAUACGCACUCAAUUUUUUUGCCUUCGUAGUAGAGAUGUUAGGGAUGUAAUGAGGAAAAUUCAGGGUGGAAUUCUGAAGGGGCGUAGAUUAGUAUUAAGAAAUAAUUCGACCGACGAUAAUAAAGUUGCUCAUGUUCGGAUGAUGGCUGAAAAAAUGGGUGCAAUUUGUGUAUCAAAAAUUGAUCCGUCUGUAACAUAUGUUGUAUUCAUGGAGGCUAAGCCAGAAGAUGAUGGGGUUGAAUUGUUGGCAAACGAGAAGAAAAAGAAGAAGAAGAAGACGAGAUAUCAUUCGGUUCUUUCGACAUGGAUAAUAGAUUGCUAUAACUUUUGGCAUAAAUUUUCUUUGGAUGAUUACAUGGCCUAG